AUGGCCUACAACCCGACGGCGCUUGGCCAGUCGGCGGAACCCCUCGUGCACCAUGUGUCGGGCGAGGUUUGGCACCCUUUGUGGGAGCAGGAGUGCGUCUUUGGGCCCGACGUCUUUGAAGAUGUCAUGAUGAACCUGGUCAAGAACCCAAACAUCAACUCGUCAUGGCUGUUUCGCGCGGACAUACUCCACGAUUCCGAUCCGGCCUGGACGCCUCCUCCACCACCACCCCCCACGUCCGACACCCCGGAAGAGGAUGCCGCACGAGCUGUGCGGCAGCCCGUCCCUGUUGCCUUCAGGGAUUUCCACAACCAUCGCCUUCUCGUCCGUAGGCUGAUCCCGCGCAAUACUCGCCGGGACGACCCCCUGGACCAGACGUGCGUCUUCGCCUCCUGUACCCCGGAUGCUACCAAGACCAGGUCCCUGGUCGUCUACCUUCCCCACGUGUCUUCUCCCGACGACCUCCCCUUCUACCACCCCAAGGUCCGGGGUGUCGCGCACCUUCACGAGUGGGAUGCUGCGCGCGCCGUGGGAACCGUCUCCAUCCACUAUCUGCUCUACGACGAGGCCGACCUCGCCGUCGACAAGCUGGUGAGAACUGCCCGCAUGCUGCUGCAAGCGCUCUGGAAGCAUGGCCAAGGGCGCGUUCAAGGCUACACCAAGCGAGUCCACCAUGACCUAGUCAUUCCGCAGCCGCGCUUUCAGGACCGCUAUACCGCGCUCAAGCUCAAGUAUGCCAAGGACCUGGUGGAGAAUUGGGCUGAGACGACGGACCCUUCCAAGCAUGUCUUUGAGGAUUUGGGUAUUGCUGCUUUUCUGAUCGAGCUCUGGGCGGAAAUGUACAAAGACCGGCCCUUCCCCGGCUUUGUCGACAUCGGCUGCGGCAACGGCCUCUUGGUAUAUCUCCUGAUACAAGAAGGCUACUCUGGAUGGGGCUUUGAUGCCAGAGCGAGAAAGUCAUGGGCAAAGUACAACUCGGUCCAGAAUGGACGAGACUCCCUCCAGGCCCUGGUUCUCCUGCCCGAUGUCGUCUCCAGGCCAUCCUACGCCCAAGGCGAAGAGCCCGUCCUGGACCUGGCAAAGAUGCACAACGGCGCUUUCCCCAAGGGCACCUUCAUCGUCUCCAACCACGCGGACGAGCUGACGCCGUGGACCCCGAUCCUCGCGACGCUCUCCGAGAGCCCCUUCAUCAUGAUCCCCUGCUGCAGCCACGCGCUGGGCGGCCAAAAGUACCGCCCGCCACCUCCGCGUGACAAGACCAAGUCGCAGUCCACGUAUGCCUCGUUGGUCGACUGGGCCGCGCAAAUCGCCGAGGACUGCGGUUGGCUCGUCGAGACAGAGAUGCUGCGCAUCCCAAGCACGCGCAACACCGCCAUGUUAGGACGGGAGCGGACGCGGGAUGUCAAGGAGGUGAAUAUCGACGGCGUGCUGGCCAAGUAUGGUGGAACGGCGGGCUAUUUUGAGAGCGCGGCAAAGUUGACCAAGACCGAAAAGGGGCAUUAG